AUGAGGAGACAGGAGGAGGAGAGGAUGAGGAGACAGGAGGAAGAGGAGAGAGAGAGACAGGAGGAUGAGAGUAUGAGGAGACAGGAGGAAGAGGAGAGAGAGAGACAGAAAACUGGUCUAGCUCAUCUGAGGAUAGUUCUGGUGGGGAAGACUGGAGCAGGGAAGAGCGCAACAGGAAAUACCAUCCUGGGUGGGGAGGGGUUUAAAGAAGACUCCUCCCCUGAGUCUGUGACUGCUCAGUGUGAGAAACAGAGUGGAGAGGUGGAUGGAAGGAAGAUUGAUGUGAUUGACACGCCAGGACUCUUUGACACAUCAGUGACUAUAGAGAAAAUGAAAUGUGAACUAGAAAGGUGCUUCUAUAUGUCAGUCCCAGGACCCCAUGUGUUCCUGUUGGUGAUCAGACUGGGGAGGUUCACACCCGAAGAGAAGAACACUGUGAAGUGGAUCCAGGAGAACUUUGGAGAAGAAGCCUGCAAGUACACCAUGGUGCUGUUCACUGGAGGAGACCAGCUGAGAAAAAAAUCUGUUGAGCAGUUUGUAAGAGAAAGUGUUAACCUCCAGGAUCUCAUCAGCAAAUGUGGAGGUGGAUAUCACUCUGUCAUCAAUGACAGUGACAGUAGCGCCAACCCUGACCAAGUCCCAGAGCUGCUGAAGAAGAUAGAUGAGAUGGUGACGAGGAAUGGAGGACAACACUACACCAACGAGACGUACCAGGAGGUCCAGAGGAAGAUCGAAGAGGAGGAGGAAAGGAAGAGAGAGGAGGAGAGGAAGAAAAAAGAGGAAGAAAUGAAGAAACAAGAGGAGGCGAUCAGGAAACGGGAAGAGGAGGUGAGGAGAGAGGAGGAAAUGAAGAGAGAGGAGGAGUUGAGGAAGAUAGAAGAGGAGAGACAGGAGGAGAGAAGGAAGAUGGAAGAGGAGAGACAGGAGGAGAGGAGGGAGACGGAAGAGGAGACGAGGAAGAUGGAAGAGGAGAGACAGGAGGAGAGGAGGAAGAUAGAAGAGGAGAGGAGGAAGAUGGAAGAGGAGCGGGGGAAGAUGGAAGAGGAGAGGAGGAAGAGGAGCAGGAGAAAUUGGUUCGAGCGGGUUUUAAACCUUUAACCUUGUUGUGGCCAGCACCAUGCUCUAACCCAAUGAGCGGAACUGUGUGUACUUUCAUCUUUAUACAAACAUUAACCAGACUUUUACCGUCAUAACAUUCCAUAAUCAUACCAAUCUCCAACCUACCUUUCACAUUAAAUCCCUGUUAUUCAAUAAAUACAAAAACAUGCUGACUAUUACUUAACUGGAUCGUUGAUUGUAGACUUUACUCUCUGUAGGAAGGUAAUUGACUCUGGAUAAAAAAAAUAUGCUGUCUGUUUCUAUGACUGUAUAUGGCUCAGCUAAUGAUAAAUGUACCGUAACCCUCCUUUGAGCUUCAGUCACCUGCACCAUCUCCCACCUAAACGAAUGUUUUUUUCUGGUCAUUACUGUCCACUGUCCACCAAUGUUAUUUAAGCAAUAACACACAAGGGGGUGUGGUAGCCUAGUGGAUAGAGCGUUGGGCCAUUAACCGAAAGGUUGCUAGAUUGAAUCCCCGAUCUGACAAUGUAAACAUCUGCCGUUCUGCCCCUAAACAAGGCAGUUAACCCACUGUACACUAUCCAGAGCCACUGAGGAAGUUACAACCACAAAAGACAUUGUGACUUCUGGGGAAGUUAACCAGAGACUCUGAUGAACUGACUCUCCAGCAGACGGACCGGAUUCCAACAGAGAAGACAACAACGACAUAUGGGCGUAAAUAUAUACAUUGCAAUUAUUCUCGAAGGAGCGGCGGUUCAUGUGCAAACGAUUAGCAUUUUAAUUCAUUAAUUAUCAACUGUGUAGUGAAUCCAUUUUGUCUUUCCCACUCUUUUAUCUGUCCCUACCCCUUUCCAUUGUCUACCAAGCCGUCAUACCGGUUUAGCCCACUAGGGACUUAUCAAUGCAUUGUGUUAGUAACCAAUAUCUACUGUUUGUUAUGUAUUUCUGUGCGUAUUUAGUUAGUCGGUAAAUAAAUAAUUAAGCCAA